UGGGUCAGGAGUUGAGUUCAUUAUCUAGUUCUUUCCAAAAUUAAAAUGUACCUUCUCCAAAGAACAGGGAAAUUUGAGUUUUUAAACCCUCAACUUUGGGAAAGAAUGCAUUUUUCACAUAGUUUGAAAAUAUUGCAGAAGGUGAAGUAAUGUAAUAGCUAGCUACUCCUUAUUGUACUCCUGCUGGAAGCCAGAUAUUGUGUUGAGUGUUUUAUGUACACAAUAUAGUAUAAUUGUUAAGAGCAUAGACUGCAGCUAUAUUGCCUGUGUUCAAAUAUGGGUCAAUUUAUUUGAGCCUCUUUUCUCAUCUGUAAAAUGGUAAUAAUCACUAAUUAUAGCUUGAGAUACUUACAUCUUGAGAUUCAGAAGAGGUUAUUAAGUACUUGGAAUGAUUUCUGGUUACUAUAUAAAUGGUUAUUUGUUCUUAUUAAUAUUAUAAUUAUGUUAAAAUGUCACUAAUGUUUUAAUGUGGUGGAAUCUGUAGCUCAGAGAAGUUAAAUGACCUACUUAAGGUCACACAUUUAAUAAGGGGAAAAAUGAGAUUCCAGUUCCAGACUAUGUCUGAAGCUUAGACACUUUAGUUAUAUUGCUUCUGUAUAUGGGUUAAUUUUGUUGAAUAAUAUUUGUACUCUAAUAACAAGCUUCUUUCCUUAACUUGAAUUCUGUAUCUGUGCUGAACUGAAUGUUAAUGUACAUGUCCAUAAGUGGAUAUUCACAGGAAUUGUCUUCAGUCAUGGCUUUGGGAUUAAAGUGCUUCCGCUUGAUGCAUCCUGCCUUUUGCAAUUACCUUGCAGCCUUGACCAGACCUGUUUCAAAUAUUACACUGAAGACAGUGAGUGGAAGACAACAUGACCAUAAGCAACACAUGGCCUAUUCAGCUGUACCAGUUCGCCACUUUGCAACCAAGAAAGCCAAAGCUAAAGGAAAAGGACUGUCCCAAACCAGAGUGAAUAUUAACAUAACCUUGGUUGAGGAUAUAAUAAACUUGGAAGAGGUGGAUGAAGAAAUGAAAUCUGUGAUAGAAGCACUUAAGGAUAAUUUCAAUAAGACUCUCAAUAUAAGGACCUCACCAGGAUCCCUUGAUCAUAUUACUGUGGUAACUGCUGAUGGGAAGCUUGCUUUAAACCAGAUCAGCCAGAUCUCCAUGAAGUCGCCACAGUUGAUUUUGGUGAAUAUGGCCAGCUUCCCAGAGUGUACAGCUGCAGCUAUCAAGGCUAUAAGAGAAAGUGGAAUGAAUCUGAACCCAGAAUUGGAAGGGACACUAAUUCGGGUACCCAUUCCCAUAGUAACCAGGGAGCACAGGGAAAUGCUGGUGAAACUGGCCAAACAGAACACCAACAAGGCCAAGGACUCUUUACGGAGGGUUCGCACCAAUGCGAUGAAUAAGCUGAAGAAAUCAAAAGACAAGACUUCGGAAGAUACCAUUAGGCUCAUAGAGAAGCAGAUCAGCCAAAUGGCCGAUGACACAGUUGCAGAGCUAGACAGGCAUCUGGCAGUGAAGACCAAAGAACUCCUUGGAUGAAAGUCUGUCAGAGCCCAACCACACACCAGCCAGUUUCUGGUGGAUCCCAUGGGGGCAAAUUGGCACCUCCCACCCCCAUCUCCAUCCACGUGGAAGUCUGUCACUGUGCUGUCAGUGCAGGGAAGGCUCUGCCUUCCAGUGGGAUACUCAGAUCUGCUCAUUCUCUUCCUCCUUCCCCCUGCUCACCCCAUUCUACUCUGAGCCUUCUGGCCUGGUUAGCCCUCAGAGAACAUCUACUGCUGGCAGAGUGUCUUUACUUGGGCAUUUGCCUUGACCACGAUGUCUCCAAGGGAUGGGGAUCAUUAGCAGGCUUUGAACUGCCUGCUCCUCAUCUCAGGAGCCUCCUUUUUCAAACAGUAAAUCAAGCCCUGUUCCUAAUUUUAAACUCUGUUCAGACUGAUGUGGGCCUUCUGCUGUGACUGAACCCCUUUGCUAGAGGCCCAUUUCCACCAAAUGAAAAAAUUUUAAAAAAUCGGAAAGAAUAACAGCUACAAAGGAAAGGACAUAGUUGGUUGGGGUGGAUGAUCUCUAAGUACCUAUAUUUAAAGCAACCAAGAACAGCUUUUGCCUCUGGAUCAACUUCAUGCAUGCUCCAUUCUCUGCCUGGAUCAUUUUUCUACUCCUCACCAACAGGCCAGGCCUGUUUACUUUUCUUAUCAUGUCAUCUGGGAAUCCUUCCUUUACCCCCUAACCUAAAACCCCCACUGUUGGCUCUCAGUUCAAUCUAAUGCUUUUAUUUGUACCCAAACUAUGAUUAUUAUUAUUUUGCCAGUUAGUCUAUGACUUGGCAUAAUACCGGGAAUAUAGAAGGCAUUCGUAUUUUCGCAUUGUGAAUAAAUUGCACAUAGUAGCUACCUAAUAAAUGCUGGUUUCUUCUGUGAUG